AUGCCCUUCGACCUCGUUGGCAAGACUUUAAGUCCCUUUCUCAAGGAGCACAUCCCCGACCAGUAUGCUCCCGUUGGCAAGAAUCUCAAGAGGGACGACCAGACCGGCACUGGCAAUACCUUGGUCAAUAUUAAGGAUCCCAAUACCAAGUACUGCUAUCGCCAUCGCCCCGAUUCAAAGUGUCGUCGAGCCGCAGAUGAGACCAAGAUGGGAACCAUUCAACGGGAGCUCAACAGCCUCUCAUCCGCCGAUCAGGAAGCAAUUACCCACGUCUGGUCGUUGUUCUCUGCCGCCCCAGCCAAACAUCGCGAACUGAUGCUGCAGGGCAUCAUCACCCAAUGCUGCUUCCCUCAGCUCUCGACCGUCUCCCGCGAAGUCCAAGAACAGCUCAAGAUCGAUUUCAUCGCCACCUUGCCCGUAGAAUUAUCGUACAAGAUCUUGUGUUAUUUAGAUACCGUGUCGUUGUGUAAGGCUGCGCAGGUCAGUCGGCGCUGGAGGGACCUGGCCGACGAUGACGUCGUUUGGCACCGAAUGUGCGAGCAGCACAUUGACCGAAAAUGCACAAAGUGUGGCUGGGGUCUGCCGCUAUUGGAGCGGAAAAAGCUCAUGGCAUGGAGCCGGCAUCAACAGACGGCGCACCCAAAUCCAUCCAAUCGCGCCGCCGAGACUUCUGCUGAGCCCGCCUCAGCUCCCGCCCAAGGUUCCAACAAAAGGGCCAUGGUGGUCCGCGACGACAGCGGGGCCAAGAGAUCACGGGUCAACAAAUCGGGCAACGGUCGGGCGCAACUCGACGAGGAGCGAAAGUUUCGGCCGUGGAAGGAUGUGUAUAGGGAUCGUUACAAGGUUGGAUAUAACUGGAAGACGGGACGCUGUUCCAUCAAGACAUUCAAGGGCCACGAAAACGGUAUCACCUGCCUGCAAUUCGACCACAACAUCUUGGCGACCGGAUCCUACGACACAACCAUCAAGAUUUGGAAUGUCGAGACGGGAGAAUGCAUCCGCACGCUGCGUGGACACACUUCGACGAUUAGGACCCUGCAGUUCGACGACGCCAAACUGAUCAGCGGAAGCUUCGACAAGACGAUCAAGAUCUGGAACUGGCACACAGGCGAAUGCAUCAGUACACUCCAGGGCCACACAGACGGUGUGCUCUCCAUCCACUUUGAUGGGUGCAAGCUCGUUUCGGGAUCUAUCGAUAAGACGGUCAAGAUCUUCAGCUUCGAUACCAAGCAAACCUGGACGCUACGGGGCCAUUCCGACUGGGUCAACCAUGUGCGCCUCGACUCCGCAUCUCGCACCGUCUUCUCAGCCUCCGACGACCUCUCCGUUAAGUUGUGGGACCUAGAUUCGAAGCAAUGCAUCAAGACUUUCUUGGGUCAUGUCGGACAGGUGCAGCAAAUCUUGCUGAUGCCACCAGACUUUGAGCCUGACGAAGACCCCAACGCUGACAAGACCGAUGCUGCAUCAGCGAGCAGCGGACGAGGCGAUUCCCCAACACCUCUUCCAGACCAGACAUCCGACCAGCGUGCUGCGUUUGGCUCCGGCUUCGUGUCGGAUCCUUCCAGGCCUUUGCCUCCUCGCUACAUGCUUACCGGUGGCCUCGAUAACACGGUCCGACUGUGGGACAUUGCCACGGGCAAGUGCAUCCGCAGCAUGUUUGGUCACGUCGAGGGCAUAUGGGGCUUGGUGGGCGACACUCUCCGUGUCGUCACCGGUGCCAAUGAUUCCAUGACCAAGGUCUGGGAGCCUCGUUCUGGCAAGUGUGAGCGCAGCUUCACUGGCCACGCUGGCCCAGUGACUUGCGUCGGGCUGAGCGAUAGCCGCAUGGCAAGUGGCAGUGAGGAUGGAGAAGUUCGUAUGUACAGCUUUGAAGGCACCAGCUUGGAGGAAAGGGGAACGCCUUCUUAG